AUGGAGGGGAGGGAGACGCUGCAGGUAGUCAGCGGCAGUAACAGCAGCAUCAGCGCUUCCGGGAAGAGGAAGAAGAACAGGAAGAAAAAGAAGAAGAAAAGGUCCAAAUUAGCGCACCUGGGACGACAAGAGUCUCCACAAAGUGAAUAUCGCGGGCGUCGACGCCAUGGGCUCGCACUGGAAGAACACGUAACUCUCUUGAAGAAAAGAACUCUGAACACGACCGCGGGGAUGUUGUGAGAUAGUCACGCCAAGUGUCCGCCUGGUGGAUUAUUAUUGUUGUUAUUUAUGAAGAUGAUGAUGAUGAUGAUCGCGACGUGUUCUCUCUGCAUCGUAACGGUGGUGCUGUCCAACUUGCACCUGUCCACGGGCAGCAACCGACACGCGGUGUACUGGAACAGCUCCAACAUACUGUUGCGGCGAGAAGGCUACACGGUGCAGGUGAGUGUCAACGACUACCUGGACAUCUACUGCCCGCACUACAACACCAGCCUGCGGGGGACGCUAGAGCGCAGCGUGGCCGAGCAGUACAUCCUCUACAUGGUCAGCUACCGCGGCUACCUGACCUGCGACCCCCGGCUGGGCUUCAAGCGCUGGGAGUGCAACCGCCCGCACGCGCCCCACGCGCCCAUCAAGUUCUCGGAGAAGUUCCAGCGCUACAGCGCCUUCUCGCUGGGCUACGAGUUCACCGUGGGCCAGGAGUACUACUACAUCUCCACGCCCACUCACCAUCACCAUGGCCACAGCUGCCUGAGGAUGAGAGUCUACGUUUGCUGCUCCACUGUCUCCCAGGCGGACGACGACUCCAGCCAGACUUCCACCGCCUACACAGUGAGGCCGAGUAUCAAAAUACACAACAUCGACGAGUUUAACCCUGAAGUUCCCAAGCUGGAGAAGAGCGUGAGUGGCAGCAGUCCGUCACGUGACCACCUCCUCAUGACGGUGGCCGCCAUGCUGCUGGUUGGCGCCCCCCUCCUGUCCUAGCGACGCCACUCGGACCGCGCCUUUUUUUUACUGAAAGGGCUUCGCCAAGAUGUAAAACAAACAAGAAGAGAAAUGACCGGAUUGAAAAAAAGAACAGAAAACAAGUCGGAGAGGCCUUUUUUUUUUUUUGUAAUUGUUUGCUUUACACCGUGGUGUCACAUGAUCAUUUCAGGCAUCAUGUGACCACAAGCAGACUCCUAACGAGGAAGUCGCCGUCAAUCCGACUGAUGACACAAGUGUAGCAUUGGGGUGGAUUAAGGAUGCUUAACUUUUCAACAAAAUGGACGACAAUUUUUGUCCUGGACCGUGAAGAAUGUCCUCACUUCUUGAAGAAGAAAGGAAUUUAAAGGAGGCCUUUCUCGAACAACCAUUUUCCUCCUCUCUCCUUCUCUCUGUGGAUAUUUUCGUUUUGUUAGAGGAUAGCCAACCUCGUCUACGUCCUUCCUGCCUGUUUCCUGCCUUCACUUCUCUGCUCUACACAACAAAGACUUUGGUGGCACUUAGCGGAGGUCCAGUAGACAAAGUGCUCGUUUUCUCCUUCUCUCCAUUGCUCCUUCUUUCUUCUCACACUCCACCACCUCGUCUUACUCCUGCCAAUCAGCAAGUAUUGUAGGGACACACUGGGAAGGACAAACAUCAAUAAUAUUACGAGGAUGACGUCAUACACCUACGUGAAGCAUGUGCUGAGUUGACAAAAAAAGUUGUAAUAUAUAGUGGAUAAAAGAAUGAAUUUCCAUUUUUAAAGCAAAUAUGAGAGUGAAAUUGUAAUAAUUCUAUGAAAAAGUAGUAUUAUUUCCCCCCCAAAAAAUGUGAUUAUUUGAAAAUAGUCCUAAUAUUAAUAAAAAUAACAAAACAAUAGUUUUCAUUGUGAAAUUUAAGUUUAGGCAAAAUCUGGUCGUGUUAAAAAAAUGUAUUUAGGUUCAAAUUAAAGUUGUGAUUUUAGGAUAAAUAUUGAAAAAAUUGUGGUUUUAGUUGUAAAAUUUAGGUAAAUAAUUUUUUUUCAACAUUCAAAUUUAAGUUGAAAUUAAAGUUUUUCGGUUUUACGACAAAUAAAUAAUGCGAAGGCGGAAAUGGUUGUUUUACAAGAAAAUGGUUGUUAUUUUACGAAAAGUUAAAAGGAAAAUAAUUUUUACAAUUAAAGAUUGAAAUUAAAUUUAAAUUUUGGAUUUUAUGACAAAUAUUGUGAAGAAAAAAAUGGUUGUUAAACAAGGAAAAAAAUGUAAUAUAUAGUGGAUAAAAGACUGAGAAUGACUUUCAAAUAUUACAAGCAAAUAUGAGAGUGAAAUUGUAAUAAUUCUAUGAAAAAGUAUUGUUGUUUCCCCCAAUUAUAUGAAAAUAGUCCUAAUAUUAAGAAAAAUAACAAAACAAUAGUUUUCAUUGUAAAAUUUUAAGUUUAAGCAAAAUCUGGUCAUGUUAAAAAUUGUAUUUAGGUUCAAAUUAAGUCGUGAUUUUAGGAGAAAUAUUGGGAAAAAAAUGGUGCUUGUAAUUGUAAAAUUUAGGUAAAAACUUUUUUUUCAACAUUAAAAUUUAAGUUGAAAUUAAAGUUUUACGGUUUUACAAAAAAAUAAUGCGAAGGGAAAAAUUGUUGUUUUACAAGAAAAUGGUUGUAAUUUUACGAAAAGUUAAAAGGAAAAUAAUUUUUUACAAUUAAAGAUUGAAAUUAAAUUUAAAUUUUGGAUUUUAUGACAAAUAUUGUGAAGAAAAAAAUGGUUGUUAAACAAGAAAAAAAAUGUAAUAUAUAGUGGAUAAAAGACUGAGAAUGACUUUCAAAUAUUACAAGCAAAUAUGAGAGUGAAAUUGUAAUAAUUCUAUGAAAAAGUAUUGUUGUUUCCCCCAAUUAUAUGAAAAUAGUCCUAAUAUUAACAAAAAUAACAAAACAAUAGUUUUCAUUGUAAAAUUUUAAGUUUAAGCAAAAUCUGGUCAUGUUAAAAAUUGUAUUUAGGUUCAAAUUAAGUCGUGAUUUUAGGAGAAAUAUUGGGGAAAAAAUGGUGCUUUUAAUUGUAAAAUUUAGGUAAAAACUUUUUUUUCAACAUUAAAAUUUAAGUUGAAAUUAAAGUUUUACGGUUUUACAAAAAAAUAAUGCGAAGGGAAAAAUUGUUGUUUUACAAGAAAAUGGUUGUAAUUUUACGAAAAGUUAAAAGGAAAAUAAUUUUUACAAUUAAAGAUUGAAAUUAAAUUUAAAGUUUGGAUUUUUUUGACAAAUAUUGUGAAGAAAAAAAUGGUUGUUAAACAAGAAAAAAGUUGUAAUAUAUAGUGGAUAAAAGACUAAGAAUGACUUUUGAAUAUUACAAGCAAAUAUGAGAGUGAAAUUUUAAUAAUUCUAUAAAUGUUUUUUUAUUAUUUUUCCCCAAAAAAUGUGAUUAUAAGAAAAUAGUCCUAAUAUUAAGGGGAAAAAACAACAGUUUUCUUUGUAAAAUUUAAGUUUAGGCAGAUCCUGGUCAUGUUAAAUUUUUUAUUUAGGGUCAAAUUAAAGUCGUGAUUUUAGGAGAAAUAUUGAAAAAAAAUGGUGCUUUUAAUUGUAAAAUUUAGGUAAAAAAAUGUUUUCAACAUUCAAAUUGAAAUUGAAAUAAGGUUUUACAAAAAAAUUAUGCGAAGGGAAAAAUGGUUGUUUUACAAGAAAAUGGUUGUAAUUUUACAGUUUAAAUUGAAAUGGAAAAUUAAAAAGUUCUGUUUUUUUUAAUGAGAAAUGUUGUACAUUGUAAAAUGUAAGUAGUUUUUUUUCUUUUCAACAUUACAAUGCAAUUUAAAUUAAUGUCCUGGUUUUACGACAAAUAUUGGGAGGGAAGAAAAUGGUUGUUUUGCAAAAAAAAUGGUUGUAAUUUUACGAUAAAAGUUCAAAGAAAAAAAUAUUUUAGUAUUCAAAUUGAAAUUAAAUUUAAAGUUUGAUUUUAUGACAAACAUUGUGAAGAAGAAAAAAGUUUGUUAAACAAGAAAAUAGCUGUAUCAAUCAAAAAUUCAAGUCCUGUUUUUUUAAUGAAAAAUAUUGAGAAAAAAAAAAAGCUUGUUUUAAUUGUAAAGUUUUAGUUUAUUUAAUUAUUUUUUCAAGAUUAAAAUGUAAUUUAAAUUAAUGUCCUGGUUUUACAAAAUGUUCACAAGAAAAUGGUUUUAAUAAUUAAACAUUUAAAUUAAAUUUAAAGUUUGGAUUUUAUGGCAAACAUUGUGAAAAAAUAAAUGUUUGUUGAACAAGAAAAUAGCUGUAAUUUUACAGUUAAAAUGUGUAUAAACAAUUUAAGUUGUGUGUUUUUAAUGAGAAAUAUUUAAAAAAAAGUUUUUGGGGGUGGGGGGGUCCUGGUUUUACGACAAAUAAUGGGAGGGGAAAACAAUUAACAAUAAUACAACAUUUUAAUUAAAUUUAUUAAGUUUGGAUUUUAUGACAAAUAUUGUGAAGAAAAAUAUGGUCGUUUAGCAAGAAAAAAGUUGUAAUUUCACAAUUAAAAUUCAAAUCAAAAUUAAAGUGAAUUCUACAACAAAUAUUGGGGAGACAGAAAUUGUUGUUGUACAAAAACAUAGUUGUUGUCUUAAGGUUAAAGUUAGAAUGGUAACUAAAAAUUGUAAUUGAAGUCCUGAUUUUAUGACCAACAUUGAAAGAAAAAAAUUGUGAGAAGAAAAUCCAAGAAAAUAUUUGUAUUUUAAGAUUAAAGUUGAAAGGAAAAAAUAUACUAAUUUUACAAUUAAAAUUGAAAUUUAAAUCCUUGUUUUUUGCCAAAUAAUUUGAAGGAAAAAAAUGCACCAAAAUAGUUGUAAAUUUAAGAUUAAAUUUAGAAGACAAAAAUAAAGAUUUUUACAAUUUAAAUUUGAAAAGAACAUUUAAAAAAUCCAGAUUUUAUGACAAAUAUAAAAAAGGGGAAACAUUUUCAUUUUACAAGCAGUUGUAAUCUUAAAAUUUAAGUUAAACACUUCUUAUGGUCAUUUUAAAACUCACAAUUUUAUGAGAAAAAAAAAAUAUUGGGAUGUUACGAAAAAUAAUCAGCCAACGCUACAAUUUGAUAGUAAGUCAAAAAAUUAUUUUAAAAAAAUGCCAUGAUUUAGAAAAAUAUUUAAAUUAGGUACAAAAAUCAUGCAUUUUAGUUAAUGCAGCACAAAGUCCUAAUAUUAAGAUUAAAAAAUAAAUUUAAAAAAAUCUGAUUUUUCUGCAUAAUAGCUAAUUCAUAGAACAAGAAAAAGGCCAUAAUAUUACCAAAAAAUGGUGAAAAAAAAAAACCUGCAAUAAGUGAUGUUAUUAGCAAGAAAGCUUGACAGAGAAGAAAAAUCACUAAAUUAUACGACAAUGACUCAAUAUUUCCACCCAGUAAACAAAUCUGACUGUGGAAAAAAAAAAUCAUAUUAAAAUUGCACAAGCUUUUACUUUUCAUUUUAUCGCAAAAUUCUGUUUUUAUUCUAGUAAUAUUUUUAAUUUAUGUGUCCUUUUCAGUGUGGCCCUAGUAUAUGCUCUACAAGUUACCUGCCUACAGAGGUGCCCAGCCAAUCAGCAUUGAUGGCCCGUUGCCAUGGAAACGAGCCCAUGCAGUGCAGAAGGUGCCUGAGAAGAUUGUUGCUUAUUUUUCUGACUGUCGCGGGAAUGUAUAAAAAAAAAAAAAAAACAGACAAAAAAAACAAAACAAGCUCACUUUUUUUAUAUCGACGUACAAGACGACUUUGCAUCGAUUCAUUUCCGCAUUGAAGUAUUUUAUUUGGGAUCCACGUGAGUUUGCAUUUCACGUAAGCUACUGUGCCGUAUUGCUUUUUUCACUUGGGGGGGGAUUUAUUUUACAGCAACUUCAGAGGCGCAUGUCACUCACCGCCAUGAUGGAUAGGCAGCGUUUCACAAGUGCUGUGAUGUGCGUUCAUAUCACACAGAAUGUGUGUGUCUGUGUGACAAAAUGUGUGUGUGAAAGAAAACAUCUAUUUGUGCGUACCCGUGUCCACGCUUUUGGAGUUUGUGGCGCUUAGAAAUUUGUUAAGGAGUCGUUUGUAGGAUCUUAAUAUGCAAGCGCGUAUGAGAGAAUGUGCUCUUAUUGUAGUGGGAGGAGCUUUAGAAGCAAAGGGGGCGGGGUCAAAAGCAUUUACUUAAUUAUGUUGAAGACAACCACCAGAAAUGUGUUUACCCUGAAUGACUUUCAAAAAAAAAAAAAAAGACAAAACACAAGGUCUGUAUUAAAAAUGAGCAAUUAAAGUCUUUUUUUUGCAAAUGUACUUUUGUACAUUUAUGUUGUGAUGACUUUUCCCACCUUAGCCGUGUCGCUUGAAUGCAACGCAGCCUUCCAAGGGGUCACAUGGACUAAAACUUAGAAGGGUAAUGUCACAAUAUUACGAGGAGGAAAAAAAGAAAUGUGACUUUAAUCCGGUAAAAGCUUUUUUACGUUUCAUUUUACGCAAAAAAAAUUGUUUUUGUUUUUUUUUUGACAGAAAAAAAAAAAGGGUCAAGAGGAAUGAUUUCAAAAAAGUAAAUAAAAAGGUUGGAGGAAUGUUGUAAUUUUAUGCUAAAUAAUGUUAAUUUUAUGACAGGAAAAUCGCAAUAACACUUGAAAAAAAGUAGUAAAGGGAUGCCAAAAACUAAAAAAAAACUAAAAAAAAAACAGUAAUAAUAAUUCAUAGUAUUUCUGAAUAUUUAAGAAUUUUAUAGCAAAAACAUCAGAUGCUAAAAUUAUUAAAAUCAGCAUAAUUUUCUUGGUUGAAGCUUAAAAAAAAUUACUAUAUUUUAUUAUUAUUCUAUAUAUUUAUUUCAAUAUAUUUUUCUCCAAUAAAAAGCAACAAAAAUCCACAGUAUGUUCAAGUGCAUUAAACAACUAUUCUGCUGUC